CAUUGAGCGUAACGUCAGUGUGUGCGUGAUGUAGUGCUACGGUAGGGAAAAAAGGCUACGAGGAAGGUAUAUUGCGGUGCGUGGUAGAGAAGGCAGAAGCACAGGAAGAGAUGCAAAGAUUGAUCGGCCAUUUUCCAUCAGCAUCAAAGCAUCUUUUUCCACGAGUGAAGUAUGAUUUGAAUUGGGAAAGCAUUAGUUACUUCUAGAUCCCCGGUCGUGCGUGCAUGGAGUGGUGUUGAAAAGAAAGUGAGGUGGAAAAGUGCAAUUAGCUUAGAAAAAAUCAAAACCUUCUAUAAAAGCGGCUUGCCAUACGCACGGGAUCAGAGAAAUGAGUGCUGUUGAUGAAAGAACGAUUUACGCAAAGCUCGAGGCGAUGAAAGACAUUCGCUCAAAAACACUGCAGCUCGAAAAGCUGAAGCUGAAAAUUAUCCGCGAGGUCGAGAAUGGAGAUGCGGAAGAAAAAUGUCUGUCCGAGUAUCGGCGCGAGCUGGAGCUGCUCAUGCAGGAAAAGAUGAGCCAUGUGGAGGAGCUUCGCCAGAUUCAUGCCGAUAUCAAUGCUAUGGAAACCGUCAUCAAGCAGGCGGAGGAAAAUCGUAUCCGGUCCAUUAAUAUGGCGAAUCGAAUCCAUGAAGAAUACGUGCCACUGAAAACCGAGGUAGAUUCUAUGCGUCGUGAUUAUUUGGGUCUCGAAAGACUGCCGGAACUGCACGAAGAGGAAGGAACUACCAUUUCCCCAGACCGUUUCCAGAACUAUUACGCCACCAACAAACCAAUGUCAACGCCUUCCGCUACAUUCUCCCGGCCGCCGUUAUCCGCCCAUCAUCCGCUUCCACCCGAUGCGCCCGCCACAUCUCUGCCACCCUCGGCGCCGCCCGGCUUUCUUCCACCACCGCCGGUCGCGAUGCGCAUCAACAAACCACCGGAACUGCCCACGAACCGACUGCAACAGGCACCGUCUACGAUUGGCAUCGGUCAUCCGACAUUCAGGUCUGAUUUCAAUGUGAAUUUAAGCAGACAGCAGCCGCCUCCGAUGAAGUCGUGUCUUUCGUGCCAUCAGCAAAUCCAUCGCAAUGCACCGAUCUGUCCGCUUUGCAAAGCUAAAAGCCGUUCGCGUAACCCUAAGAAACCGAAAAAGAAGGACCAUUAACUGGGCACGCCGGAGGGAAACCUCUUCCAGAGCUACAUCAUCUUCCGACACUCGAUGUAUAAGUAUUUACUGCAAGUUAUGGUUUCGUUUCGUACGGUACGUGUGCAGCCUGCUAACUAUUGCCCCGGCAUAGGUUUGUAAGAAUAUUUUGCAUUUUUUCGUAGAAUGAUAAGAAAAAACAGGUAUGAUUACAUACCAUUUUAUGUAGGCAAGUAUAGAGAGUUUAGUGAUUUUGUGACACCGAUUGGCCACAAAAUCGAAAUCUCAAUCAUUUUAAAAAGUAAAGUCGUAGCAUUAAGUUUCAAUUAUCAGAGAAAAAAAAUUCGCUAAUAAAUAAUUUUCUUCAUCGUAAACAAA